GUUUAUGCUUGAUCCCGUAUCUGUUGUCAUUUAAAAAAUGAGUAGUUCCGUGGAAACAGGUAUCUUGUUUUUAAUAGUAUUGUUUAAUAUUGUCAGUAGUUUACCUUUCGAUAAUAAAGCAGCAACUGAAACAGACAAUGAGUUCGGUGGACAUCAAGAUAAAAGAAAAAAUGAGGAAGCUAAUUUAGAAUCUUCGUUUGGUGGUCCUGCCUACGUCCGUUCAAGGCGGCAUAUAGAAUUCGAUAAGUUACUAGGGACAUUACAGCAAUUCAAGGAUAUGUUACAUGCACGCGACAACUUUGGGCCAAAUACUAAUUUUCCUCUAGGUAAUCCACAUGAUUUUCAUCGGGGAAAUUUGAAUCAUAAUCACGGAGUACCAGUCGGCUACCAUCCUCCUAGGGGAGAAGUUUAUGGACACGAAGAUCCUUUAUUUGGACACUUUCCAGAAAAUCAUCGUAGAUUUGGUGAUCCUAACUUCAAUUGGUGUCAUCCUCAGCCAUGGGAUCAUCCCCCUCAUUAUCCACAUAAAGAGAAUGGCGGUAAACCACCAAAUCGGAGAACUGAUGUUAUUCCGGAUACCAAUAAUGCGACUGAUCCAGAUAUAAAGAAUCAAGAUGAUGUUACGGAUAUUAUUAUUAUAGAAAAUGGUCAGGCUACAGCAAAAACGACUCAAUAUCCACCCAUUGAUAUUAGAUUUGGAACAAGAAAGUGAACUUUGUAAUAUUACUUAAUUAGGAAGAUAUUUAUUUAUGAUUAGAUUAAAAAAAUUAAAGGAUUACCCUUA